GAAUGAGAGAUUGUGUUGAAGUUUUAGUUCCUCUGCGAGUGUGAAAGUGUUCGGAUCAAAAAUAAAAUAAAAUUUUGCAAAAUUAUUUCAUCUUUAAAAAAUAAGAUUUGAAAAUGUCAAGUCAUGAACAUCCACAUGGUAGGCCUGAAAAUGUCUUAGGAUUUACGGAAGAUAGCAAAGUUUUUAUUCAUGAUGCACCAUUAAAGGACAUGUUCCUUCAUCCAGAUGUUAAGCAUCGUAAAAUUGUCGCAUUUUCAAUCAUUGGAGCUUAUCGGAAAGGAAAAAGUUUCUUUUUGAAUUACUGUCUGCGAUACUUGUAUGCUCAUUAUCCAUCAAUUAAAUACCCAAACAAUCCUGUGUCGGAUCCAGAUAAUUGGCUCGGUAAAGAAGAUGAACCACUUGUUGGAUUCACAUGGAAGUCUGGAUCAUCUCGAGUAACAACUGGGAUUGAUAUGUGGAAUGAUAUUUUCCUACAUAAGGACGAGAUUUCUGGAGAAGAAAUCGGAAUAAUUUUGAUGGACACUCAUGGAUUAUUUGACAAUGAAACGUCAGGACUUGAUAAUUCAAGAAUUUUUACUCUUGGAACUUUAAUUUCUUCGAUUCAAGUUUUAAACUUGUCAGGUGUGAUUCAAGAUGAUCAAUUACAAUACAUCCAAUUCGCAACUGAAUGUGCUAAGUUCACAUUUACUCAAAAUCAGGAUUCAACUGGAAAAUGUUUUCAAAAUUUAAUUUUUCUUAUUCGAGAUUGGGCCAAUCCUGAUGAAUUUGAUUAUGGCAUUGAAGGAGGAAAGAAAUACUUAGAUCACUUUCAAAAGACUAUGAGAACUCAAAAGAUGGAUUUGCAGUACAUUUGUGAUUCAAUUUAUAACUCUUUUGAAAAUAUCACUUGUUCAUUGCUUCCUCAUCCAGGUAAAAUCGUAUCGACAGGUAAAAAUGGACUAACAGAAUAUGAUGGAAGUUGGAGUAAAAUGGAUGAAGAAUUCCAAGAUGAACUGAAAGCUCUAAUUUCUCACAUUUUAAAUCCACAACAACUUGGCAUAAAGAAAGUUGAUGGUUGUGUCUUAACUGGAGAAGAGUACCUUAACUUUAUUCAAGUUCAGUUCGAAGUCUUCCAGACAGAUGAAGCCCUUCAAGCUCAGACAGUUUAUGAUUCAACAAUUAAGAAGGAAAUGGAAAAAUUGAUACGGUCAUGUCUUGAGCAAUACAAAGAUUUAGGGCAUAAAGGUAAAGGUUUAGUCAAUACAGAAGAUGAUCUUGAAGCCUUGCAUCGAAAGUGUAAAAGUGAAGCAUUGAAGACCUUCGAUGACUCAAAGAAAUUAGGAGGUCCUGAAGAUUUUACAAAAUUCCGAAUGCUUUUGAAAAAAAGAGUUGAAAAAACUUACGAAGAAAUUAAAACACAGAUAAUAAAUGAAAGGAUAGCAAUAGAGGAAGCAAAGGAGAAGCUCCGACUGGAAAUGGAACAGAAACAGAGAAUUGAAGUCGAAAGAAUUGAGCGGGAGAAAAAAGCUGCAGAAGAGCGUCUAGAAGUUGAAAAACAAAAGGCAAAAGAGAAGUUGGAACUUGAGGAGAAGUUAAAGGAACAAGAGAUUGCUAAGCUUAAUGAACAAGCUGAACAAGAGCGUAAAGCUUUAGAAGAACAGAAGGAGAGACAAAAGCAAGAGAAAGAAGAAACAAUAAAAACUAUUGAAGACGAAGUUGAAGCUAAAAGAAUUCAAAUUGAGAAUGCAAAGAAGAUUAAAGAAGCUGAAGAGGAAGAGAGGAAGAAGGAAGAAAAACUUGAGAUAGCAGCAAUAAAAUUGACUGAUGAAGUUUUACCGGAAGUCCCAGAGCCAAACUAUCCAAAACUUGAUGAAAAACCCCAGAAGCCAGAAAUCUCAAAUAUUCAAAAUAAUUCUAGUUCUAGCAAUGAAAGAAACAAUUUUAAACCAAGUUUAAAUUCAUCAUCAGUUGGACAUACAUCGAACAAGUUUCUCAAUGAAGGUAAAUUUGAAAUCACAGAUUCAAUUAAAGACUCCAAUCAACCAGGAAGCAGUACAUCUAGUUCAUCACAUCAACCAAAUACCUUUAAACAUGAUACUCAAGAAUCAACAAGAACUGAUCAAAAACAAAUGUUUCCAACUUCUUCUGGUUUCGUUGGUGAUCAACAGCUGUCGUGUACUGCUCAAAACCAACAAAAAGCCACACCGAAACAUUUAUAUAAAUCGACAGUUGUAGCAGCAACUGCUCCUCUUGAAUAUGGCGAGCCUAAAAAUGUUAUCAACUUUCAAGGAAGUGGCACCCCAACAAUAGAUACUAAUGAGCUGGCAAAAAUGUUUGAACAUCCAAACGUUAGAGAUCGAAAAAUUGCUGUUAUUGUAGCCAGUGGAAAUAAUAAGCAAGAAAGAAGUUUCUUCCUUGAUGCGUGUUUGAAAUUUUUAUAUUUUUAUUACGAGUCUAUAAAACACAAUAGAACAGAAUUUAGAAAUUUUGACCACUGGAAUGCUCCUGAAAACAAUUUUGACACUGGAUUUUUGUCUUACUAUAGAAAACAUCAUGAAGUAGCUGGAGUGAUUAUAUGGAAUGAUGUAUUUGUACAUGAAGAUGAUAUUGCAGUUGUUGUUAUGGACUUCCAUGGAAUUUUUGAAAAGGAAACAAAUCCUUAUGAAAGUUCAAAAUUAUUCAUAUUUGCUUCUUUAAUUUCAUCCCUGCAAGUCCUUAACUUGUCGCAUAGUGAUCCAAAAAAAUAUCUUAAAAAUUUGAAAUAUGCUUCAGAAUUCGGUCAAUUCUCAAACUCUGGAGGACCACAAAAUUUUUUCCAGAAUAUUCAUUUCAUUUUACGAGAUUCGACAUGGUUUGGUAUAGAGAAUGGCAAGAAAUAUUUUGAUGAUCUUUUUCAUACUCGUUUAUAUGGAAAGAGUGAUUUAAAUCCUGUCCGUGAACUUAUUCGAAAUUCGUUUGACGACUAUGAUUGCACGAUAUAUUUUAAACUUCCUAUAAACAUCAUACCGAAUGACAAUCUACUCCAUCCCUCAAAUAUAUUACUAAAAAAAAUUAAUGGAGAAUUCGUAACUGCAAUUGACUAUUUUGAGUAUUUACAAUUGUAUAUUAAAUCAUUUAGAACUUACGGACUUCCGAGUCCACAAACAAUUUUUCAAAAUAACAAUGGAAAGCAAAUUGUGAAUUCAUCUUACAACCAUUUCAUUAAAUAUGUUAUAACGCACAAGGACAGAAUUGGAGAUGAAAACAUUUUGCAUAACUUUGGCAAAGAAGACACAAUCAGCUAUUUGAAAUCGUUAUGUAGAGGAAAAGGAAUUGAUUAUAGUAGCUUUAUAGAGACGAUAAAUAAGAAAAUUAAUGCUUUAUUUCAAUUGUAUCUGACACAAACACCUGAAAACCUGCAAAUUGUUGAGCGUGAAUGUAGAAAAGCAAUGAAAAGCGGAACUGAGGACACGACUUUAUUGCCAAAAGAACAUACAGCUGAUUAUUCAUUUUAUGAGACCAACGUUAAUUGGAGCGAUUUAUGUCAAAACAUUCAAUUAAGAGCCGAAAGGAAUUCUUCAGGUUUUAGUAUUGACUGUAGAAUUUCAUAAACUUAAUUUUUGUAAAUAUUAUCUUGAAUAAAUGAUAAAAAAUGUUUU